CCGGCAGCCUCCGGCUGUGCUGAGGAGAAGGUGGAGAGCUGAGGGAUGGCGGCUGCGAUGGCGAGCGCGGCGGAGCGGGCAGUGCUGGAAGAAGAGUUUAAAUGGCUUUUGCAAGAGGAGGUUCAUGGUGUCCUGAGACAGCUGCAGGAUAUUCUGAAGGAGGCUUCUCACAGGUUUGCUUUGCCUGUUGGUGGCACAGAAGGACCAGUCAAACAGGAGAAUUUCAUGCUGGGCACUUCAAGCGCAGACCAGGUGAAAGGAGUGUUGAUGCUGCAGGGAGAUGCUCUAUGCCAAGCUGAUAUUAAUUUGAAAAUGCCCAGAAAUAACCAGCUCCUGCACUUCACAUUCCGCGAAGACAAGCAAUGGAAAUUGCAGCAGAUCCAGGAUGCUAGAAACCACGUUAACCAAGCAAUUUACCUGCUCACGAACCGAGAUGUAAACUACCAGUUCAAAACAGGCUCUGAGGUCCUCAAGCUGAUGGAUGCAGUGAUGUUACAGCUGACACGAGCUCGGAACCGGCUCACUACUCCAGCCACCUUGACCCUACCAGAAAUUGCCUCCAGCGGCCUUACGAAAAUGUUCACCCCUGCUCUGCCCUCGGACAUCCUUGUGAAUUUUUACAUCAACCUAAAUAAGCUGUGUUUGACUGUCUACCAGCUCCAUGCACUGCAGCCCAAUUCCACCAAGAACUUCAGACCUACUGGAGGGUCUAUUCUGCAUAACCCUGGAGCCAUGUUUGAGUGUGGCAACCAAAGAUAUGAAGUCAGCCAUGUCCAUAAAGUGGAGUGUGUGGUACCUUGGCUAAAUGAUGCCCUUGUCUUCUUCACGGUCUCUCUGCAGCUCUGCCAGCAGCUGAAGGACAAGAUCUCUGUGUUUUCCAGCUACUGGAACUACAGGCCAUACUAAUCCUUCCAGGAGAGUUUGACUCUACGUGACCCCGAACACUACUGCCCUGCCCUCUUAGGCGGAAACCCCUGUGUAGCAACCUGAGAGGAGUGCCAUGUCGCACUGGCCUGUGUCCUGCCAUACACCAGGGUCAGUGCUUUCCAGAGAUAUCACCUGUAGGAGCUGCUUGUGCUUCAGACCUCAGGGUUCAACACAUGGCAGCACUGAGCAGGGCCCCUCGCAGUGCUGUGAUGUGGACCGUGAGCUUGCUCAUGUCUGCAUAGUCACAUGUAGAAUGUUACUUAUUUCCACCUUGCAAGCCCAUAAUGAGUUAUGUGGACCAUGUCUCAGGGGCUGGGGUGAGGGGAAGACCAUGAGCCAGUAAAGCUAAUCUAAUUUGCACAUACCAUCAGGAUUGCUGGACCAUGAGCAGGG